AAGUGUAUUAAAAUAUGAAAAAAAUUCCAUAAUAAUGUAUUAUUCAAGUAUUGAUUACUAAUUAAUUUUAAUUGCUAUUAGCGUGACCAUUUGUUUAAAGAAAAUUAUUGGCUAUAUUUAAAUUGGAAAAGAUGAAAUUCGAAACAAUUGCUAUUAGAAAUAAAUAUUAAUCGUAAAUGUGAUAAUGGAUAAUUUUAUGGAUAACAAAGACAAGAGGAAGAAAGGUAAUAAUAAACGUGAAUUAUGUUUAUUUUAUUCUAAAAUUAUAUCGUUUGAAAAAUUAUUGUUUACAAAGCAAAAUAUUCGGACAUUAAUAAUAAUCGGUCAACGAGAUAUUGGCUCUUUCAAUGCUGUUUCACAAUUGAUGGAAUUGCAGGAAUUAUGGAUCGUCGAAUGUGGUAUCAAGGACGUACCACGAUUCAAAGAAAAUUGUUUAUUAAAGAAGCUUUAUCUAUAUUCCAACGAAAUACGUUGCAUACCAAAUUUAGAAGCUUGUUCUCAUUUAAACAUUUUGUACUUAUCAGGAAACAAUAUACACAAACUUGAGAAUUUGGAUACAUUAACAUGGUUACAAGAACUUAAUUUAGCUAAUAAUAAAUUGGAAAGAAUAAAUAAAAUGUCUUGGAGAAAGUCUGAACUAUGUAAUUUAAAUCUAGCGGGAAAUCCUUUAUGCUUUAUAAGGGACAUAAGAUAUCUAUCACAAUUGAGAAAAUUAAAUUCAUUAGUAUUUGCGGAUUCAUUAUAUGGAGAUUGCCCUUUGGUAACCUUUUGCAACUAUCGUAUAUAUGCUAUUCAUUAUCUUCCACAUAUUAAAAAAUUAGAUCAUUACAAAAUAUGUGAAAAAGAAAGAUGUUGGAUUAAUUACUUUUUCAAAAAGCAAAUGACAUAUUAUAAUGUAUUAUUUCAUAAACAAUUAAACAUACAUUUGCGUUUAUUGAAAGAUAAAUAUAAGGAAUACAAAAAGGAAAUACUUUAUUUUAAAAACCAACUAUAUGCAAUUGAAAUUGAAAAGAAUAAUCAAAAUUAUUUUAAGAUUGAAGCUUACGAUGAAGCACAAAAUAUAAUGCUACAAAUGAAAUUAAAUAAAAAGCAACUCAAAGAAAUGGAAGAAAAAUUAAUCUUGCAAUCUAAAAUUUUGCAACAGCAAUUGCUAAUUAAUAUGAAUUAUUGUGGAAAUAUAAAUUUUGUCGAAUACAAUAUUGAUUCAGAAAAUACAGUUAUUCAGUUAUGUAAACAAUUCUUGCAAGCAUCAUUGUGUUCAGUUAUGAAAGAGGGCAUAGGUAUAAUAGAUUUAAGAUUACAUAAAGUAACAAAAGUAAGCAAUAAAGAAAUUGAUUUAUUAAAUACUUGCAAAAAUAAAAAUUUGCAAUUGGAUGAAUGCAGCAGCAUGAUUUUAAAAAUUUUAGCUUCGCCUGGGGUAACAGAUAUUCAAAAAUGGCCCUUUAACUAUUUUCAAACUGAUUUACUGAUUAAAGUAUUUAUAUAUUUUCUGUCUUAAGAAAUAAGAUCUUAU